CGGUCCUGCUUAGCAAGGAACAAAUUCAUUCCAUCAUGAGGUUUGACAACAAGUACGCCUUCUUGACUUCUCUAUUGUUGCUCCUCCUUAGUUCAUCAAUUGUAGUUGUUUCGAGUUAUUGUCAACCCACAUGUGGAAAUAUCAAGAUCCCGUACCCAUUUGGAAUUAGUAAUAAGGAUUGCUAUCUCAACGAUGAUUACAAAAUCGAGUGUCUUAAAAAUUCACCGAUCCUUUCAAAGUUCAACAUGACUGUUGUGAGUAUCUCUCUCCCCGAAGGCGAUUAUGGUUCUCAUACUUCUGCGAUAUUCGGGUCAGUCCGUGUCAGAAUCCCGAUAACAUCUAGGGGAUGUUCAAACGAUGGAAAAGAGACUGGAUCACUUUUGAAUUUAACGGGAAGCCCUUUUUUCGUUGAGAACGACAACUACCUCGUAGCGGUUGGUUGCAAAAGUAGGGUGUCAUUGACGAACAUUGAGCCAAGCAAGGUGGUAUGCGAGUUAAACUGCACAGCCAAAGCAGAGUUGAAUAGUAAUAACAUUCCCUUUUUUGACAAAACUGGGUGCUCCAACAACACAUUGCCCCGUUCCGACAGCCAGAUUUGUACGAAAAACAAAACAAGCUGUGUUGGUAACGGAUGCUGCUUGUCAAGUAUACCUUACCAGCCUCAACAGAUCAUUGAUGAUAACUACGAGUUAUUGAAUGGAACCAAACCAGAACCGUUAUUUGCUAAGGGAAAUGCUACAGUGAGGCUAGGAUGGGUCAUCCAGACUAAGAAUCUUUCAUUCCUAGACUCCUUAAGCUGCAAAACCAAAACAGAGUACAAGAACUACCGGUACCCGUAUGAUCGCAAAAUAAGCUGCGUAUGCGACAAUAGUACCAUUCUGGAGAAUACUUAUGCAAGUUGUGGAUGUAACCAGGGUUACACAGGUAACGCAUAUAUCGUAAACGGAUGCUCAGAUGUCGAUGAAUGCAGCAACAAAUCCUUGAACUAUUGUAGAGCAAGCGACACUUGUGUGAAUUUGCUCGGAGAAUACAACUGUGUGGGCGAUAAGGCUCAUGCAAUAAUGGCAGGGGUUGGUUCAGGUUUCGGUGUCUUAUUCCUCGUUGAAAUUGAUGAUGAUGAUGAUGAUGAAGAUGAAGAAGUAAUGCAUAUGGUAGACAUAAAUGAUUCGUGGACUGUUGGUGUCACUGCCCCAGCCUCUAGUAUUGUUGCUUCGUGUUCUUCCUCAGAUGUUCAACCAUUGUUUCCACGUCCAACAUGGACAGUUACGCCUCUAGAAGACAUAUUCAAGUCUGUAUUCUGUUUGCCAUGUUUGCUAUGCAUAAGGUGCAUGAAGGAUACAUGUGUUCCAGAGCAAAAGAUGCUCAAAAAUCCUAGACGGCUCUAUGCUCCUGGUCGCAUGUAUCACAUCGUUGAAAGGAAGCCUUGCAGAUUGGGAAGAUAUCCUCCGGUCGUGAAGACAGCAGUGCCAGUAGACGGACGAUUCGAACACAUUGUUCUUUCUUGUAACGCAACUUCAGACCACGCCAUCAUCUGGAUCGAACGAGAAGCACAGAGAGCUCUCAACCUAAUGAUGGAGAAGGAAAAGAAAAUGGAGAUUCCAGAGAAGCAAAGGAUGGAGAGGCAAGAAUCAUUAGCUAGAGAGCACAAUCUGGAGUAUAGAGCAGCGUUAAGACGAGCAGUAACAUUAGAUGUACCUCACGCGGAGUCAAUGGCCUCUGAGUAUGGAACAUUCGACAAAACUCAAGAAAAUGAAACCGAAGAAGAAGAAGAAACAGAGGAUGAAGAAGAAGAAGAAACAGACUUGAUUGCACCAAUGGUGGGUGAAUCAUCAUCAUCAUCUUCUGUUCGACCAACUUACAGGAAGAAACGGAACCGUAGAGUAAGUUGGGACGAACUAAUCGAACAUCUCUUUGAACGAGACGAGUCUGGUAACUUGACAUUCGAGAAAUCAGAUUUGCCUCAAUGAUCAAGAUUCAAGUUCUUUAUCUAUGUAUGCAUGUGAAUGAUAUUGUAUUGUGUAAAAAACAGUUGUUCAUUACAAUCAUCAUAAUACAGACCACAUUGGUCU